AUGAGCACCAUGCGGCUGCUGCUGCUCGCCCUGCUCUUCUCCUCCUCCUUCGCCCGCGCCGGCUGCGACCCCAAGAUCGUCAACAUCGGCGCGGUGCUGAGCACCAAGAAGCACGAGCAGAUCUUCCGCGAGGCGGUGAACCAGGCCAACAAGCGGCACGGCACCUGGAAGCUCCAGCUCAACGCCACCUCGGUCACGCACAAGCCCAACGCCAUCCAGAUGGCCCUCUCCGUCUGCGAGGACCUCAUCUCCAGCCAGGUCUAUGCAAUAUUAGUUAGUCACCCUCCUGCUCCCAACGAUCACCUAACACCAACACCCGUAUCAUACACAGCUGGCUUCUACAGGAUCCCUGUCAUUGGUCUGACAACACGCAUGUCUAUAUAUUCUGAUAAGAGUAUCCACCUGUCCUUUUUGCGCACGGUCCCACCAUACUCUCACCAGGCCAACGUCUGGUUUGAGAUGAUGAGAGUCUUCAACUGGAAUCACGUCAUUCUGAUAGUCAGUGACGACCAUGAAGGUCGUGCUGCACAAAAGAAGCUGGAGACCCUCUUGGAGGAGAGAGAGUCCAAGAGUAAAAAAAGGAACUAUGAAAACCUCGACCAACUUUCCUAUGACAACAAGCGAGGACCCAAGGCUGAGAAAGUCCUUCAGUUUGACCCUGGAACCAAAAAUGUGACGUCGCUGCUGCUGGAGGCUAAGGAGCUGGAGGCUCGAGUCAUCAUCCUUUCUGCCAGUGAGGAUGAUGCGGCCACGGUGUACAGAUCAGCAGCCAUGCUCAAUAUGACGGGCUCCGGCUACGUGUGGCUGGUGGGGGAACGGGAGAUAUCGGGCAAUGCCCUGCGUUACGCCCCUGAUGGAGUGAUCGGUUUGCAGCUCAUCAACGGAAAGAACGAGUCAGCCCACAUCAGUGACGCUGUUGCAGUGGUGGCCCAGGCUGUGCAUGACUUGUUUGAGAAGGAGAAUAUCACAGACCCGCCACGGGGCUGCGUGGGCAACACCAACAUCUGGAAGACGGGACCCCUAUUCAAGAGGGUGUUGAUGUCCUCCAAGUACUCGGAGGGUGUUACUGGACGGGUGGAGUUCAACGAGGACGGGGACAGGAAGUUUGCCAACUACAGUAUCAUGAACCUGCAGAAUCGGAAACUGGUCCAAGUUGGGAUUUACAAUGGCAGCCACGUCUUGACCAAUGACCGGAAGAUUAUCUGGCCAGGGGGAGAAACCGAGAAACCUCAAGGCUAUCAGAUGUCAACCAAGUUGAAGAUCGUGACCAUCCACCAAGAGCCCUUUGUGUAUGUGAAGCCCACGCAAGCAGAUGGGACAUGCAGGGAGGAGUUCACCAUCAAUGGAGAUCCUGUGAAAAAGGUCUUUUGCACUGGACCCAACGAGACCAUCCCAGGCCGCCCCACCGUGGCACUAUGCUGCUACGGCUUCUGCAUCGACCUGCUCAUCCGGCUGGCAGGGGUAAUGAACUUCACCUACGAGGUUCACCUGGUGGCUGAUGGUAAAUUUGGUACCCAAGAGCGGGUUAACAACAGCAACAAGAAGGAGUGGAAUGGGAUGAUGGGGGAACUGCUGAGCGGCCAAGCAGACAUGAUUGUGGCUCCCCUCACCAUCAACAACGAGCGGGCACAGUACAUUGAGUUCUCCAAGCCCUUCAAGUACCAAGGCCUCACCAUCCUUGUGAAGAAGGAAAUCCCCCGCAGCACCUUGGACUCAUUCAUGCAGCCUUUCCAGAGCACACUUUGGCUGCUGGUGGGGUUGUCUGUGCACGUGGUGGCAGUGAUGUUGUACCUCUUGGACCGAUUCAGCCCAUUUGGCCGGUUCAAAGUGAACAGCGAGGAGGAGGAGGAAGAUGCCCUGACCCUUUCCUCAGCCAUGUGGUUCUCCUGGGGAGUCCUGCUGAACUCUGGCAUCGGAGAAGGUGCUCCCCGGAGUUUCUCUGCCCGUAUUCUUGGCAUGGUGUGGGCUGGCUUUGCUAUGAUCAUUGUGGCUUCAUACACUGCCAACCUGGCAGCCUUCCUGGUGUUAGACCGGCCUGAGGAGAGAAUUACAGGCAUUAACGACCCCCGGCUGCGCAACCCUUCUGAUAAAUUCAUCUACGCCACGGUGAAGCAGAGCUCGGUGGAUAUCUACUUCCGACGGCAGGUGGAGCUGAGCACGAUGUACCGGCAUAUGGAGAAGCACAACUACGAGAGCGCUGCCGAAGCCAUCCAGGCAGUGAGGGACAACAAGCUCCACGCCUUCAUCUGGGACUCAGCGGUGCUGGAGUUUGAAGCCUCCCAGAAGUGUGACCUGGUGACGACGGGGGAGCUUUUCUUCCGCUCCGGCUUCGGGAUCGGGAUGCGCAAGGACAGCCCGUGGAAGCAGAAUGUCUCCCUGGCCAUCCUCAAGUCCCACGAGAACGGCUUCAUGGAGGAUUUGGACAAGACUUGGGUGAGGUAUCAGGAGUGUGAUUCCCGUAGCAAUGCCCCAGCAACACUCACCUUUGAAAAUAUGGCAGGUGUGUUUAUGCUGGUGGCUGGAGGUAUUGUUGCCGGGAUAUUUUUAAUAUUCAUAGAAAUAGCUUACAAAAGGCAUAAGGACGCGCGGAGGAAGCAGAUGCAGCUGGCGUUUGCGGCCGUUAAUGUGUGGAGGAAAAAUCUGCAGGAUAGAAAAAGUGGUAGAGCAGAACCUGACCCUAAAAAGAAAGCCACUUUUAGGUCCAUCACCUCCACCCUGGCCUCCAGCUUCAAGAGACGUAGGUCCUCCAAGGAUACGCCCUGCAGAAUGGUCCCUCAGGAGUGCCAGAGAGACAGGCUGGCACCAUGGAGCCAAGACAGCCCUGGGAAGCUACCACCCCACUCUGAACGUCCUAGCGCCCACCAUCACCCGAGCUGCACAGCCUCUCCGCGGCACAUCAUCCCCACCGCCCCAGGAGGAGAUGCAUGUGUUCCCCAUAGGCAGCUCCUGCAACUCGAAUAGCACUCGCAGAGCUGACGUACUGCCAUCCAUCGCAGCCACCCACGAUACUGCAACCCCACAGAAGCCAUGUGAGACGCAUAAACCACACAGACACCUUCCGAGCCGGCACAUUUCGUACAGACACGUAACGAGGUGCACAGGUCCCUUAGCCCCCCCCACUGCAGCCGUCAUCAGAGUCACACUGCCAGCCCGCGGGCGUCCCCGCCCAUACACAGCAUGACACAUGUCCCAUGUCACCGCCAAGCAAGGGCCCGGCUCUGUGAGGCGAUGCUCGCCCUGCAGCCAUGGGGAUGGUGCCAAAGCUGGUUGAGAACUGAGGGGGUUCAUGGAAAAGGUCACCUUUUCAGUGAAGGAUCAGCCGUCCCAAAGCCAAACGCUUCUUGGCUGAAAAAGAACCUAGUUUUUGGCCCAAAAGAACCAAAUGUAGGUCAAAGACAACUAUUUUUUUUUUUUUUAAAGGAAAGUUGACAUUUUCUACAGCAAGAUUACAUUUAGCUGGAAUCUUAAUUUUUAAUUACAAAAAAACCCACCCAAACCCCAAAAUUCUUCCAGAAAAUCUUCCACCAGCCAGGGACUACCAUAUGAGCCCAGAUUAGGUUGAAGUCAUUUUUAAAGACAUAUUAAGUUCUUGUCUAUAUUUUCUUCCUGGUUGUCAUUUAAAGUUUUUGGUGCCUUCACUUCACUUCCAUACCUUAACAUGUUUGAGUCUCUUCUACAGUUAAUAUUGAUUAAUUUCUUGGCUUUAUAAUGUUUGGUUUGGGGAUAAUUGCACCAUCCCUGUAACAUAAUUUACCCUAAAUUACUGAUAUGUGCUUCUAGCAUUAGUUCUACUUUAAGAUAGUUUUGAUAUGACAGUUUUCUUGCUUUUUUUCUUUUCCUUUUUUUUUAAUUUUUAUUAUUAAAAAUUGCAUGCAUGAACUCUACACAAAAAAAAGUAAAUGAGAAUGUUACCCUGUGAUAACUCUGUGAUUGGAGGAGAUAUGCUUUCAAAUCAAAA